AACUUUCGGGAUGAAAAGCAAGAAGUCUAUCUUUAGCGGGUAGAGUAACACUUGUUUUUGUUGUUUUGAAUGCCAUCCCAUCCUAUGCUAUGCAAACUUAUGUGUUGCUUGCUUCUGUUUGUGAUUCUAUUGACUGUAAGAUUAGAAGCUUCAUUUGGGGGAGCCAUCUUGGGAAGAGGAAAGUUCACUUGAUCAAUUGGGAUACUAUUUGUAAACCAAAAGACCAAGAGGGCUAGGGUUUAGAACAACUAGAAGCUUAAAUAUGGCGUAUAUGAUUAAGCUCGCCUGGUAGGUUCUGAACAAUGGGACUGAUCUGUGGGUGCAGGUGUUUCAAGGAAAGUAUUUCCAUCACUAGGAAGGAAACAUCAAUUCUAUGAAAAAAGCAAUCAUUCAAGGCUUUGGAAAGCAAUUGUCAAGGCGAUGCCUCUGAUGAAGCAGGCCACUAUUUGGAGUGUUAGGGAUGGACAAUCCACCGGAUUUUGGACACAUCCCUGACUGGAUAAUGGAGUUAAACUGGAGAACUACUCAAUAAAUGAGUUGAUUGAGGAGGACCUUGCAUCCUCAGUUGCGAAGUGGACUGAUCAACGAGGUGAGUGGGAUUGGGGACGGCUUACCCUCAAUCUUCCUAAUGAGAUCCUUCUGCGAAUUGCAGGGAAAGAUGCGCCUAAACCGGGAAUGGGAGAGGACACUACACUCUGGGGCAUCGAGAAGGAUGUGAGAUUUCGACUGAAGUCAGCCUACAGCCACGCAACACGAAACCUCAACGACGAACCUCACAAGAUAUGUAAGGACAUGUGGAAAUGGAGAGGACCAAGUAGAGUGAAGCAUUUCUUGUGGGUGGUGUCACAUAGAAGACUUCUCACGAACAAAGAAAAAGAGAGAAGAGGAGGCUCACUAACAACGGCAAAUGCGCACAUUGCAGUGGAACAGAAGAAACAGUGGAACACAUCCUCAAAGAAUGCGACAAGAAUACAGGAUUAUGGAAUCGUUUCAGGAUAAAGUGAGGGAGAAGAGCAACAAUGUGGAGUUCGAUUCUUGGCUCAACAAAAACCUCAUGGACGAGAAUACAGGGACCGAUUUCGGGUUCAUAUGCUAGAUUAUCUGGAAGUAGAGGAACGAGAAAGUCAUGGAAGGGAAGAGAUUUUCGGAGGAAGUAGUCAUUCACAGAAUCCUUGUGUUGAUUGAAAUCAACAGGCAGACUCAAACAAUGCUACUCAAAGCAUUUUGCCUAAUAAGAUCACUAAUCAAGUGCAAUAGAUUGGUUGGAAAGCACCAAGACAGGGGAUGGAUCCAAAUCCAAACAGAUGAAUCUGUUAUUUCUCGGACUGGUGUUGCUGCAGCUGGUGGGCUUCUACGAAAUCACAUGGGGAGAUGCGAAUGAGCCUUCACCUGCAAUCUAGGAGUCUGCUCGAUAACAAGAGUUGAGCUGAAGGGUGCACCUGAGAGCUUGGAACUUGCUUGGAGCAGAGGCUACAGGAAAGUUGAGUUGAACUUGGACUCCUCAACUGUCGUUAACAUCAUCAAGAAUUGGAAGAACAGUGACCAUGUACAUGGGCUGCUUGCGACACAGAUGGGGACUCUUUUGGAAAGAAAUUGGGAUGCCGACAUUAACCAUAUAUUUAGAGAAUGUUACUAUGCUGCUGAUUUCCUUGCUAGUAGGGGAUAUUCAGUUAAUUUUGGCACACAUUUCUUCGAUGUGGGCGUCCCUAACCUUUUUUAUUGGCUCAAUUAUGAUUCUAUGGGUUUAACCAUGGAUCGAGCCGUUAUUAAUACGAGUUAGACGCCGAUGGUGUCAGUCUUUUUACCAACAAAAAAAAAAGACGAAGGAAAUGAACCUUGAUGGGUGGAGAUUUUGGGGUCGGGCCGGAAACCGGACAACACAUGAAAUGACUUAGGUGAAAUGUAGGGUGAAAUAUCUCACAUACCACUAAACUUUAAGAAUUGGG